AUGCUACCGCCGAUUGAUCCCGUGGUCCUGCAGCGCAAUCCCAACUUUGAGAUAUUGUACAAGGAUCUUUGCACAAGGAAGCUUAAUUCGAAUGGCUCAUCGAGGGAUACGAAGAAGCAGCGAGUGCAUGAUGAGAUACGGAAGACCCUGACCUCCGCCCUUACAACUCUCCACACAACGCAGAUACUCACAACAUCGCUCUCAACCCUUCCAUCAAAAGCCACCGAUCUUCCACCAGAUCUACACGCAGUUACAGAAACCGUAACCGCGCAACUAAACGGCCAAGUUCCCGCAUCCGACCUCGAUGUAUUGUCCGAAGACAUCGAGUUCUUCCACUCAAACAUCGCUCCCAUCGCCUCAGCUCUAUCAACCCAAUUCACCAACAUAGCCGACUACCUCUGCCGCAUCGCGUCGCCAAUAUCUCCCCCACCUAUCUCAUCCCUCCACAGCACUUCUCUAGCCCUCAAAACCUCUGCCUUGGAUACACUACCUAGCGAAUUACAAGCCGCACACACCCAUCUAACAACCACGCUAACCACUCUCCUCUCCACACACUCAACCCUCCUCAGCACAAGCAUCAAAAUCCUCGAGCAAACCCAACAAGGCGCUCUAGCCCGGCACACCAAAUCUUCCGCCGAGCUCCUGCAGACAAAAGCCAUCUUACUCGGUCUGCAAGCUAAAACGCACUCGUUGCUGCACCCCCCGCCUGCAGAGUUUGUCGAUGCAUUGAAGGAGUUUAGGAAAGGGUUGGGUGGGGGUAAGAGGGCGCUUUGGGAUCGCGAGGCGUUGGCGAGACGGGAGUUGGAGUUGUAUGGGAAGGCUGGGGAGAAGGGGAUGAGGGACUUGGCGAAGAGGAAGGAGGGGUUGCUUAAAGAGGCGGAGAGGGUUGAGGCUGAGAUAAAGAAGUUGGAGAAAGGGCUGUGA